AUGAAAGUUCCUCCUCGUGUAGUUCCGUCUACGUGGACGGUUCGGAAGCCCGUGGGUCCAUCGAAUGCUUCGGUUCUGGUCAAGUACGGCACCUACUCCGGAUUGGCGAAGUUCACGGUGUGGAUGCCGGAGUUCCCGCUGGAGGUCUCCGUCGCUGAUUUCCGCCUGUCGCAGAUCAAGGGCUGGAAGAUUCCGGAGGAUCACAAUGUAAGUGCAAACGGAAAAAUGCGUCGCCGCAAGCGAGCGUACGGCUGGGGUCAUCACAAUGAAGAUUUCGUCAACGGAGUAUCUCCGGAGAGGAGCGUCUGCCGUGCUCGGUAUCAGCAAAGUCCGGUGGAGGUGUACGCUAGGUUCCUGGCCGUGGAUCAAGAUUCGGGACGAGUGAGUUACCUGAUUUCGCGGCGUACGGGUUUGAGGGUGACGGACCUGGUGCAACCGUUGCUUCGGGUGGCCGACCCGAAGAUUGCAACUCUGAGGGGUAGAACGCUGCAGGGAAGAGCCAUGGGCCGGACAGAUGUUCAGGUUCUUUCACCAAUAACUGGAAGAGUCAUUGGAGCACGGGAAGUGCGCGUCGGAAGCGAUAAGGUUAGCAUAACUCGACUUUUGGUGCGAGUUGUUUCCGGCCUGCAGCUAUCAAUCAGCAGCGAUAACGCCAUUGAGAAUGGAUACAUCGCGGAGACCUCGGUUACCCGGAAGCUAACUGCUCAGUACCAAGAGGGGCUACUAGAUAUCGAUUUGGAAUUUUCCGAUGGUUCGAGAACACCUUUGAGGGACAUUUCCGUAGACGAUUACUUCUUGCUGGUGGAAAGCCUGGACACCGAAGUAGUUGCCUUUGCGCCCAUGCUGGCCUCGCAUCACCCCCGAGUAAUAGCCGUCGGUGAGGGGAAUGGUGAUUUGCUGAGGGUGACGCUGUUGCUCUCCGAGGAGUGUCGACUGCGGCGGAAUAUUCCGGUAUCGAAGCAGGGCAUGAAAUCUUCGGUGGGACCACUGGUGAGCGCCUUGCCUCGGUACAGGUGGACUUCAGCUCGUCGGACAUCGGCACCCGGCCGGACACGGUGCAGAACGACGGUGUCGCGCUCAAGGACGACAACAGCCAGGAACCGGCCGCACUGCAACCUUCCCGGCAGCAUCGGGGAGGUAUCCCAGGGUACGUCAACGGCAAGAGCAUGGUCUACGCAGACGCCACCUCGCUGGAGAUUGGGAAUGUACGUUUUGUUGGCGGCGUUCUGCUUGGCUAUUGGAGUGUUCGUCAUUUCUUGUGUUGUGUACGCUUCCAAGUUCCGACCGGUCACGAUCGACGUUACGGGAGAGGCCAGCGUCCGGGACGGAAUGGGAAAUGCUUCGGUGCUGGGUGGCAAGGGCACGGAGUCUACGACGAAUGCACACGAUUGGGUGUGGCUGGGAAGGGCCACGAUGGAUCGGUCGACUAAUGGGCAGGAAAUGAGUGGAAAUCAGAGAGAUUCACGAAUGCACAUAAUCAACAAUCCAAUGAGCUCAAAGUAUGGAGACGCCGAGGAAAGUAUCGUCCAGGUCAACAGCUUCGACAACCCGAAUCACAUCCAGCUGCCAUCCGGUGCUGGUGGAGAGGGACAAAUCGGUGUCGUGAAUUCCUGUACCUACAACAAGCGCGAUCGCAGAAGUCGAAUAGUAAAUCCAAGAACCGAUCAUCCAGAAUGCGCAACCCGAGGCCCAGACUUCAUCCCCGCUUCAUCCGCAACAGCAGCUGCUCAACCACUAACCCAGCAUUUGAAGCACAACUCCACGGCAAUCAACCGCCCCGUAAACUUGAACUUCACCCAGCAGCAAAUCAACGCAGCGCUGUUCAACAACAGUAUUCCUCAGUAUUCGGUGCAGCCGAUCGUUCGGCAGUCCACAAAAUCGCCACAUUCUUUCGAAAACAUGGGAUUCUCGGUAGUUCCUCAACAGCAACAACAACAGCAUCAGCAGCAGUUCCAUCAUCAUCCGCCGUCGGCGAUAGUGGCGCCAUCCGGUAGCAGAGCUCAAUCCGACGACCUGCACAUGGCCGAGCGCUUGGUGCAGCAGUGCGCCCAAAAGUCGGCAUUCAAGUUCGACACCAUCAACAAUCAGUCCAGUAGCGGCAGGAAUUGCACCGUUGCCGGUCAGCGAGAAGCGACGCUCCCGAGGGAAGAGUGCAGCAGUGGCGUCAAGACGCUGGAGUCCAGCUCGGACGAUAAUGGCGGCUUUGUGACGCCUCCCGAUGAGCAGCAGCAGCAGACGAACAAUCAGCAGUCCAAAAUACCGAAACCUCCGCUGCCACCGAAGCACAAACAAGCCGACGGUCGUGGGCAAUCCCAUGUUCGCGAACACGCCGGACAGUGA